GUCAUAACAUAUCACAGAUCUCUCUCUUUUCUCUUUCUCUGUUUCUCUCUUCAUUUUCAUUUCUCUGCAAAUAUUCCCAAAUUUCAAAAUGCGAAUUCUCAUUCUUCUCUCUCUCACAUCACUUCUCAUCUUCUCUUCUUUCUCUCCAAUUCUCUCCAAAGAACAACAACUCGACGAAGAAGAAGAUCUCAGCUUCCUCGACGAACCAGACUCCGACGAAACAAUCUCCCAUCACGAUCACGACCACGAUUCCGAUUUCGAAGAAGAUUUCUCCGGCUACGAUAAUUCAGAGUCUUAUCAAACUCCCGAAAUCGACGAAAAAGACGUCGUCGUUUUGAAGGAUAAUAAUUUCACCGAUGUAGUCAACAAAAACCGUUUCGUUUUGGUUGAAUUUUAUGCACCUUGGUGUGGUCAUUGUCAAGCUUUGGCUCCUGAAUAUGCUGCCGCUGCUACUGAAUUGAAAAGUGAAAAUGUUGUUUUAGCGAAAGUUGAUGCUACUGAAGAGAGUGAAGUUUCCCAGAAAUUCGAUGUUCAGGGUUUUCCUACUAUCCUUUUCUUCAUUGAUGGUGUUCACAAGACUUAUUCUGGACAAAGAACAAAAGAAGCUAUAGUUACAUGGAUUAAGAAGAAGACAGGACCGGGUAUUCAUAACAUUACUUCAUUGGAAGAUGGUCAACGCAUAUUGACUUCUGAAACUAAAGUUGUUUUGGGUUUUCUCAAUUCUUUAGUUGGUCCUGAGAGUGAGGAGCUUGCUGCGGCUUCACGACUUGAGGAUGAUGUUAAUUUUUAUCAGACUGUGGAUCCUGAAGUGGCAAAGCUUUUCAAUAUUGAUGUUAAUGCCAAACGCCCAGCUUUGAUCCUUGUCAAGAAAGAGGACGAAAAACUGAACCAUUUUGAUGGAAAAUUCGAUAAGUCUGCAAUUGUAGACUUUGUCUCCUCCAACAAGCUCCCAUUGGUAACAGUCUUUACAAGAGAAAGCGCUCCAACAAUCUUUGAAAAUCCAAUCAAGAAACAGGUGUUGCUGUUUGCGAUCAAUGAUACUGAGAAACUCCUCCCAGUAUUUCAGGAAGCAUCAAAGUCUUUCAAGGGAAAGUUGAUCUUUGUGCUCGUGGAAACUGAUAACGAAGAUGUUGGAAAGUCUGUUUCAGAAUACUUUGGUAUUAGUGGGAGUGAUCCAAAAGUACUUGCAUACACCGGAAAUGAUGAUGGGAAAAAAUUCAUUUUUGAUGGAGAGGUGACUGUUGACAAAAUUAAGGCAUUUGGCGAAGAUUUCCUUGAAGACAAACUAAAACCUUUUUUCAAGUCAGACCCAGUUCCUGAAACUAAUGAUGGUGACGUGAAAAUAGUUGUUGGGAAUAAUUUUGAUGAAAUUGUCUUGGAUGAGUCAAAGGAUGUUCUCCUUGAGAUAUAUGCUCCCUGGUGUGGCCAUUGCCAACAUUUGGAACCAAUAUACAACAAGCUUGCUAAACAUCUUCGCAGUAUUGACUCUCUUGUAAUAGCCAAGAUGGACGGAACACAAAAUGAGCAUCCCAGGGCAAAGUCUGAUGGAUUCCCCACUCUUCUCUUCUUCCCAGCAGGAAACAAAAGCUUUGAUCCCAUUACUGUUGAGACUGAUCGUACAGUGGUCGCCUUUUAUAAGUUCCUCAAGCAACAUGCUUCAAUCCCAUUCAAGCUCCAGAAACCAGCCUCAACUCCUAAACCGGAGGGCUCUGAUGUCAAGGAGACCCAAAGUAGCAGCAAUAGUGAUGUGAAGGAUGAACUUUGAAGAGUUAAGUGAUAUGUUUCUAUUUAUACCGCUAUGAUCAGAUUGAUUCUGACAUAGUAACUUAGAGAAGAACAACCACAAAUUCCUCUCCCCAUACCUAUAAAACAGGUAAAAGAGAGAGGAAGGGUGUACACAUGUGAGGCAACUAUGUAUUAUUGAGUAUUUAGAAUUUUGGGGUGAGGCUUUAAUAAAAAAUCCCCAUUUAUUUCGGGUAUUUAGUUUAA